AUUCAACUAAGCAAAAGCAACCUUGCGGGGCUGUGCCGGUUUUUUUCCUGGUGAACAUGUUCUCUGUUGUAUAGGACGUUCGCGGCAAGGACAAGAACCGCACCGCACGACGAGAGAAGCUAAGAAGCAUGACGACAAAAUAGGCGAGUGAUAUAGAUAUUCCAAAAAUUUGAAUUCCAAAAUGAACUUCCGUGAAAAUGAAAGGUGGACUGGUUAGACACCGACGAGCAAAGACGACGCAGUGUAGAAAAUACAACUAGCUGAUGCUGAAGCUUUUCCUUAAUUUGAUCAUGUUAUGCUACAUGACGAAUUAUCUCUCUCUGUGCCCAUUUUAGAGACUGGUUGGAAUAUUUUUAAAGAGUACUUAGAAGUUGCGACUGCUCCAGAAUCGACUCAAGAUCAUCGCAACAUACAACGAGAGCACUUCUAAGUAAAAAAGAUGGUGAUCCUCCACGUCAAGAAGGGUGAGAAGAAGAAUGAGUUCCUCGAAGAGGUGCUCACCUCGGAAACCGUCGAUGAUGUCUUGAAAAAAACCGUGGAACUUCACAACUUAAGGCUUAUCUUCAGAUGCAUCUUCAGAUGCACGCCCUUAUUUAAGGCAGUCUGCACUGAACUUUGUGCGAGAUUAAUUGUAAUUGUAAUUGUGGUCCAUCUUCAGAUGCAUCUUAGAGAGCAGGCUAGGGCACUUCCUUACGCAGGUCCCUCCUUACAGAAGGCUGGCACAGGCAUCAAGCCCCUAUGUAGCAGCGAUAACAUGAACAUAAAGGGCACUUGGAAACCCUAACCCUUGUUUAGAAGUAUUCUCUUCCUAGCUAGUUCUGUGCAGCAAGUUCUGAGUUCUAGGCUCAGAAAGAUUCUGUUUGUUUGAAAAGAUAUCAAGUUCUUUGUUAUUCCUAGGUCCACCUCAGUAUUCUCUUCCAAGUGCAAGACAGUUUUUCCAAGGGGAAAACAGUUUUUCCAAGUGCAAGACAGUUUUUCCAAGGGGAAAACAGUUUUUCCAAGUGCAAGACAGUCUUUCCAAGUGCAAGACAGUCUUUCCAAGGGGAAAACAGUUUUUCCGAGAGGAAAAACAGCUCCAAGAUGUUGAAGGGAAAGAUGAACUUUUUGGGUCCCAGCUCCUCUAAAAGACCUAAGAUUAAAGGUGUUGCGAAUGGCCUUAUGUCUGCGCGAACUAGGCAAGCAUGGACCUCUACGACCGGAAGAAACACGUGGUUUGAGUGAUGACGUGAAUUUCCCUCUGGACGUGAAUGCAUAUGGAAAGCCGACUAAUCCGGAUGAACAAGGGUAAGCAGGUUGUAGUUUGGGUAAGCGCAUGUUGUAAUUUAUUUUUGUGGAAUUUACUCACAUUUCAAGGGUACUUAAGCAGGUUGUAGUUUUUGUGGAAUUUACUCAUUGUUCCAGUAGUGCAUUGACCUCAUAUUGACGAUCCGGUUAUAAGCAUGGUGUAGCUUGCAUUGACGAUCCGGAUAUAAGUCAUCCUUGCAUAUUCCAGUAGUGCAUCCUUUUGUUCCGGAUCAGUGACACAGUGCAGAUUACAACUUUAUACUUUUAUUCUAUUUCGGACUGAUCGCAAUGAGGACCCGUCAAUUACUCAUACUGAUGCAGGUCGUGGGACAGAGAAGAGAGUUCGCAAUUCGCUUUUUCAGCAACUCGCCUCGUCUAUGAAAUGAAUCGUCUACCUCUACUCCCAACAACCACACUCUGUCGAACCCUCAUAAUUCCUUCUAAUUUUUUAAACAUCAACCUUCACGACAGUUACCGUACCGGUUGCCCGCCUCCUGGUGAGGUUGCUGAAGUCCUUAUCCGUACAGCCGACGAAAGUGAAGCCGCUGUGUCGGAGAAAUUAGUCCAACAGUUAAGGCUCAUAACCAUAGUAAACCCGUUAGUUCCAUAAACAUAGUAAACCCGUUAGUUUCAUAAACAUAGUAAACCCGUUAUUUCAUCUUGGUUAUUCACCUGUAGAGACAACAACGGAUCAACAUCUUCACAGCUUCAACAUCACAGAAAUCCGUAGAACAGCGAGGAGCUUUAGGGAAGUCGUAGGUCCAAGUCGAAUCGACUAGCAUCGUCAUCAUUCACUUGCGCGCUCACAGCCAGAGCAGGCUAUUUCUCUUCGAUUCCCUUUGCUUUUAAGAUACUCAUACUGGUGACACGACCUUUUAAAUCAAAAACUUGAAGGCAGCUUCAUACAACAUCCCUCUUACUACUUGAAGGCUUCGUACACCAUCUCAUCGGUCGUUUGAUAUUAAUCAUACUGCUCUAAAACGAAGGAAAAACCUGAGCAAAGAGAUGUGCCAGGAAUGUAUCGACCAAAUGCGUGGUGCCGUGAUGAUCGCUUACCCCGCUUUCCACAAGCUGCCGUACUUCGAUCCGGUGCGACUGGAGUUGGAGGAUAAAGAAGAAUUGGAUGGAAGGUAAAGAUUUGCUGUUUUGCUUGUGCUGUGUAGAAGUGGAGGAUAAAGAAGAAUGUAAAGAUUUGCAAUUUUGCUUGUGCGGUGUAGAAGUGGAGGAUGAGGAAGCUGGAGGAUGAGGAAGAAUUGGAUAGUUAGCGGUAGAAAAUUUUUCCUCAUUUUCAGAGAAGAUGUUUUCUCACACAACUUCUGCAGUUCCGAUCUCCAAGACGUCCUAGAGCUAGACAACAGUGUAAUGUGGUUUGCGGGCAAGGAAAUGCAGAGAGGCAAGCUGGUCAGCGAAUAUCUCGGAAAAAACGAGAAGAGCAAAGUGAUCAUCAAAUUUUACGGGGAGAAGGUCAUGCUGUCUUUUUAUUUUUUUGAUUUUAGAUUUUGUUGACGGGCAGGAUAUUAGCGUAACCUCAGUUGAAUUAUUUUUCUCAGAAGUAAACUCGAGAGUAUCUUCUAUCCAUCCAGAAAAUACUCUGACGUGUCCCAAGAACCGUCCUGCCCUUCCCCCUCCUCUCUUUCAUAUCCCGCAGUCCAAGGCUGCCGGCGCACCAGUGCGAGAGCCGCGUGUUGACGAGAACACGCACAAGGCGAUGUUGUCUUACUACUAUAAGAAGCAGGAGGAGGCAAAGAGGCUGCAAGCCGAUGAGGAUGACUCCUAUCUGGAGAGCCAAUGGGCAGACUCAAAAGCCUUGAAAAAACACUUAGUCGGAGGUGGUAGGUCAAUUGGGUUUAAGGGGUUGAACUAAAUAAUGUGAAGUUAGUACUAUUACUUGGUUGAGUAUUGAUUUCUGGGUUAUUAUUUGUCUUCAGAUACCUUUACCGCCAAGAUGGAUUCUACCGUGUCAAGAAAGUCGUAAGAUGUGACUCCCAAUAGCAAGCCCCAAAGUAGAGAUGAAGUUGUUCUUUCACCAUGGUUUUUAGAGGAUUCUCAGUGAUGCUCUUUCUGAUUUUGAACUCAUUGUAGCCGAUGGAUAGAGCGAUGAUAAUGGUUUUCACUGAGCUUCAUGUUGAUGUUUUUGCCUUACUUGCAGCGAAUCUCGAUUGAAGUGCAGAGAACAACAACCUACUAACAAACUUAGUUUGCGAAAAUAUGUUGACCAUCAAAAACCUAAUGCUGUCAAGUCAUCAUGCUAGUUAUAAGGUGAAGGAAAAAUAGUAAGAAAACCAGUUUUACCACUUUCGAUGUGAAA